AUGGAUGAUAUUUAUGAAUAUAACGACUCAAACUCCUGUGACAAAGACUCCAAUUUCGAUGAAGACUUAAAUGAAGCCAUUAAACAGUCACUUCAAGACUAUAGAGAAGGAAAUGAUGAUAGAGAGGAUAAUUCAGGCUCUCCUUACGUGAAUUUUAAUCCAGACGGAACAUAUUUUUUAUCAAACCUUAGCUCUAAGGGCCCAGAUGAUACUUUUGAUCCUACACAAAUACUUGACAUCGUAUUAUUUUAUUUUAAAGAUUACAUUAACUCAUUAAAUGACUCCUCUGUUUCCUCAAGAUUUCCAAGAAACACGCACAAAGAUUUUACCUCGGAGUCAACUGGUGUUGGCUCUACAAAUGUUAUUUCAACCGAGGUUUUAUCUGAUCUUUUAACACUUUUAUUUGGUAACGAUUCAUCUCGGCUGAUUUUAGACCAUGAAAUCAGGGCCUGGUGUAAUCAGGGAUUUGUGAAUGACCCAAACAGUGCUUUAUUUUGGGGUUUAACUCAGAUGAACAACGGUUGUUGUGGAGUUUUAGCUUCAAUUCAGAGCUUCAUGCUCAGAAGCUUACUCUUCAAUCACUCGAUUUUCGCAGACUUUUCAUUCCUACUGCAGUCUAAAAAUGAAGAAGAAGCCUUAAUUCUUUUCACUGACUUAUUUUUCAAUUACAUCACCAUCCGAUUUCCAGAUUUUUCCAGAGAAUUUCUGUAUGUCAUACCGUUGAUUGAAUCAUGCUCCAAUGUAUUAUAUAACUCAACCGAGACUUCAUCAUAUAAAAUAAUUUUAUUUGAAGAUUUAAAGGAAAAUGCUGAUCCUUUGACACAUUUAACUUCGACAAAUUCAUGCACUCUCCGGUCAUUUGAUAAUAUUAACUCUGUGGCGAAUUAUUUGGUAAGGAACUUUGAGAAACUAACUGGACCCCUGGGUGUUGUUUCUCUAGUCUUAUCAGUAAUUUGCACCCGCACACUAGAAAGAGUUAAAGAAGACAUGGAUGAUCCCACACAACCUCUUCUUACAUCUUUCGGUCAUUGCUCACAGGAGCUGGUGAAUUUAUUUUUACAUGGGAAAGCGGUUUCUAAUGUAUUCAACGGCGAUAAGCUUUUUGAAGGCGAUUCAUCACAGUCUAUGGUGUUAAAGGGGAUAAUUUCCCAGAAUACACUCGGAUUUCUAACAGAUUUGGAAGCAAUGAGAUUAUAUAAAGUUGGUUCAUUCUAUAAGAAUCCACUGGUUCCAAUUUGGGUAGUGUGUAGUUCCAACCACUACACUGUGCUAUUUGGCCUUGAUGGUACUGCAUGCUUCUUUUCCAGACUUGAAAUGGUCGAACAGUCUUUGGUUGAGGAGUGGAGUAAGUUAGACGUCGAUGAUAAUAAAUACAUUCCUGUGAAAUCGUUAUCAAGGCUCUUAAAUCUUCUAGGGAUUCCUGAAAUGUUACAAGACGCUGUGUCAAGCAUGGACGUAGAUUCUGGUAUAGUAUUAUGGACAAAUAUGCUAGAGUGGUAUAAGUCCAAAGUACUCUCACAACAUGAAAGUCAAGGUGAGGAUUUGAGCACCCUGACUCUAUUCCACUAUAAUGGAAAGGAGACUAAGGGCCCGUUACAGAAGGUUUCAAUUGUUAAAAACAUUGAUUUUAACCCUGAAACAAGUUUAAUUUCACCAGAAAUUGACGCGACUAUCGUUGGAACAUGUGCCGAUGAGGAUAAACACACUGCUAAGGUGAUUUGGACUAGGUGGCCCAAGACAAGUGUACAGUGUUCCACAGUUAAUACUAGAACUUAAUCUGUAUAAUAUGUUGUAUUACAUA